AAAAAAACACGAGUUCUCGUGGAUUAACUGCUAUUGUUGGAAGCAUGAGAAAUGUAAAAGCUCUUCUUCCUUUUCUCUUUCUCUUUCCUUCUUGCACUGCAAUCUCUACCAUUACUCCCACACAACCAAUCAAAGAGGGCCAGACCCUUCUUUCGCCCGGUGAGGUCUUUGAACUGGGAUUCUUCAGCCCUAGAACUUCCACAAACCGCUAUGUCGGGAUAUGGUACCACAGCGUCCCACCCCAAACGGUGGUUUGGGUGGCCAACAGAGAAAACCCACUUAAGGAUUCAUCUGGAGUUUUCGCGGUAAGUGGGGACGGCAAUCUAGCGGUUUUAGAUGGAAGAGGAAAGACUCUCUGGUCAUCAGGCACUUCCACCGCAUCGAACGAUACAACCGCAACGCUUGAAGACACGGGCAAUCUCAUUCUUAGGAUUGGAGAUUCAAAUAGUAGCAUCUUAUGGGAGAGCUUCGAUCAUCCAACGGAUUCGUUCCUGCCGCUGAUGAAGCUCAGGGCCGAUCUAAAGACAGGGAAGAGGACGAUUCUAACAUCUUGGAAGGGCGAAGAGGAUCCUUCCCUGGGGAGUUUCACUUUAGGCCUUGAGCUUCAUAUGAUACCACAAGUGCUAGUAUGGAAUGGGUCUGCCCGAUACUGGCGAAGUGGGCAAUGGAAUGGAAGGAUAUUCAUUGGGAUGCCGUACAUGUACAACGUCUACCUUAACGGUCCCAACUUGGUUACAGAUGAAGAGAAGAAGACAAUCGUCUACACAUAUUCUUACUACACUGAAGAAUAUACGAGAUUGUGGCUCGAGUGGUCAGGUGUGAUCAAGCGGACGAAUUGGAACCUACAAAAGAAGGAAUGGUCCAUUCCAUGGAUGCACAUGCGUACGAGGUGUGGCCUUUAUGGCCUGUGCGGGCCGUUUGGGAUUUGCAAGGAGUUGGGCUCGCGUAUAUGUGUAUGUAUGCAAGGAUUCCAGCCUAAGUCGAUUGCCGAGUGGAAUAGUGGGAAUUGGUCAGGUGGGUGUGUAAGAAAAGCCCAGUUGAAUUGUAGUAAUGAAGGAGGGAAAGGAGAUGGAUUUUUGACGAUUGGAGGGGUGAAAAUGCCGGAUUUUUCAGAUUGGAAGCGUGGCGUGAGUGAUGGAAAGGCCUGCGAAGAUGAUUGUCUGAAGAACUGUUCUUGUAUUGCCCACGCCUUUGUUAGUGGAAUCGGGUGUAUGAACUGGGGUGGAGAUUUGAUGGAUAUUGAAGAAUUCAGCUCUGGUGGAGAGAAUAUUUACAUCCGUCUUGCAGAUUCCGAACUCGGUGGAAAGAGAGGACUUAAGGCAAUUAUCAUUGUAGUAAUUGUGGUUUUAGGAGUAGUUAUUAUUGUUGUGUGCGCCUGCAUUUAUAGGAGGUGGACCACUAAACAAAGAGAUUCAGUAAGGAAGAUAAAAUGGCAGGAAAUGACGUUAUUUCAUAUGGGCCGGAAUCUAGAUGCACUCGGAAACUCUUCGGAUGCUGAUAUACGGAGAGAUGGUGGAAACCAAACACAAGGCCCCGAAUUACCCAUUUUCGAAUUUAGGAUGAUAGCAAAGGCAACACAGCAUUUUAGUGAUGCAAAUAAACUUGGAGAAGGAGGUUUUGGUCCUGUUUACAAGGGCAAGCUCCCAGAUGGACAGGAAAUAGCAGUGAAAAGGCUUUCCAAAACCUCUGGGCAAGGAUUACAGGAAUUCAAGAACGAGGUUAUGCUGAUUUCCAAACUCCAACACAGGAAUCUUGUUAGGCUCUUGGGUUGUUGCAUCGAACGAGAAGAGAAGAUUUUGGUAUACGAGUACAUGCCCAACAAGGGCUUGGAUUCCUUUCUCUUUGAUCCAAGCCACCAAUCAGUACUGGAUUGGGCCAAACGCUUCCGCAUUGUGGAAGGGAUUGCUCGAGGGCUUCUUUAUCUUCAUCGAGAUUCGAGAUUGAAGAUCAUUCACAGAGAUCUUAAGGCGAGUAAUAUUCUACUAGAUGGAGACUUGAAUCCAAAGAUAUCGGAUUUUGGCAUGGCAAGGAUCUUCGGAGGAGAUGAAAAUCUAGUAAGAACUAACAGGGUUGUUGGGACAUAUGGCUAUAUGUCCCCGGAGUAUGCCAUGGAAGGACGGUUUUCAGAGAAAUCAGACGUCUUUAGCUUUGGGGUCUUGUUGUUAGAGAUUGUGAGUGGUAAAAGGAACACUGGAUUUUAUCACCAUGAACACUCUCUAAGCUUGUUGGGUCAUGUGUGGCGAUUAUGGAACGAAAACAAGAUGUUGGAGAUGAUUGAUACUGCAUUGGGAGAGUCAUUUCCACAAUCUGAAGUGCUGAGAUGCAUCCAUGUGGGGCUCUUAUGUGUCCAACAGUUCGCGACUGACAGGCCAACCAUGUCUUCUGUAGUUUUCAUGCUAGAUAGCGAUAUUGCAAAUUUUCGUAAACCCAAACAGCCUGCAUUUACGGAAAGGAGAAGCCAGUCGGAAUCAGAUUCUUCAGAGAGGAGUCACAAAAAAUGCUCAGUAAAUGAAGUUACUGUUACAAUGAUCCACGGCCGAUAACAUAGAGAAAUGUGGUACCUACGUGGAACAGAUGAUUUCUAAUCUGACUCGCCACAAUGCCAUUGUAUCACAUUUGCGAGAGAUCCAGUCCAUUCAUCAAGUGACCUAUCCCAUUCGUGUAGCUGGCAAAAAAAAAAAAAACAGUCCAGUCACGUCAUCAGGUGGGCCACACAUGUUCAAAUACAAUCAUAUGAUUGGAAGUGUCCUCAUAUUGAAUAGCUAGGGUUGUUUGUAACACAAUUUUGUGCACCUGAGAUACUUGUUCCUUGAUGAGCUGUUCAAGUCAAUUUUCCAACUUUAUGUGGGUCACAAGCCAAUAAUUACGCUGCAAGAAUCUG